AUGGAUGGAAAGCAAGGGAGUGAAAUACAACCCUAUGUUGAAGCACCACCAGAAGUGGCAGAACAAAAUCGUUAUUCACAUAAAUCAAUUGAGACACUCAUAGUGGUGAUAGCAGUGAUCACUAUUGUUGGUGUCAUUGCAGGAAUGAUUGCAAGGUUGUGCGGUGGAAGACACUUUGGAGGCAACGGUGAGAAUGAUAUAGAAGGUUGGGUUGAAAACAAGUGUAGAAGUUGCAUUGAUGCUGGUCUUCCACCACCACCACCGCCGCCACCGCCACCGGCGCCUAAACCUGAAGAACCAAAAGCAGAAACAAAGCCAGAAGCUGCAGCAGGUGGAGAUGGAAGUAAAUGA